AUGGGAUUAAGGAUUGACGGUCUCCGCAGACAUUUUCCCGUCAUUGCCGUUUGUGGUGCUACCGGCACGGGGAAGUCAAAGCUGGCCAUUGACUUAGCUCUUCACCUAAAUGGACAAGUGAUCAAUGCAGAUGCUGUGCAACUGUAUCGGGGCCUCGAUAUUGCUACAAAUAAAGUCACAGAAUGCGAAAAGAAAGGUGUUACUCACCACUUGUUGGGUUUCCUAGACCCAGCGAAGGGAUUUGUUUACAACGUGCACCAGUACCGUCGAGAUUGUUGGCGCCUAAUCGAUGACUUGAAGAGUCGAAACGUGACGCCAAUUGUCGUCGGCGGGACGCACUACUACAUUGAGGCUAUACUCUGGGCUGACUUCCUUCAAACCCAAGUUAAUCUGUAUCAGGGAGAUUUUAACAAAAUGGCAACCGAACCUCAGCGUUCGUGGCCGGAAGAGCUUCUGGCCCGUUUACCGAAGAAUCCAAAGGACUACUAUGGCAUUCUAAGAAACCUCGAUCCCGAUGCUGCCAUGCGUCUUCAUCCCAACGACACAAGAAAACUCCAACAGGCUCUUCUGAGGGCCUUUUCUCAUGACACAGGAAAUAAUUCUGAACCGGCUGCAACGACUUCUAUAAUUAAGCGGAGUUUUUCACCGCGUUACCCUCCACCAGAUAGCGUAAUCAUUUGGCUUGACUGUAAUCCCAACGUGCUUGGGCCGAGAUUAGAUGAUCGGGUUUCCAAAAUGGUGGAGCAUGGCCUUAUUCACGAACUCGAUGAUUUUCUUGGUACUGCAGCCAGGUCCCUUCUUCCAAAUGUAGAAGACAGGUGUGAGAAUGAGAGUGUUAGUGUGGAAACCAAAAAGGCAAUUUUUCAGCUUGCCAAUCGGGGUCUGCUUCCUUCAGUGGGUACCGAGCACUGGUGUCGUGGUGUCCUACAGAGCAUCGGUUUCAAGGAAUUUGAGAAGUAUCUGCAGUUGUCGUCGUCAGAAAGGGACAGUGCAUCAGGUCAGUUGAUGCUCACUGAGGCAAUUGAAAAAGUGAAGGCUGCCACACGACAGUACGCUCGACGACAGUUAACUUGGAUAAAGAACCGUUUUAUUCGAAGACCCGCUGCCGGUGGUAUCCCUGUCUACCGCGUAGACGUAACCUCAGUGUUUACUGCCACUUCUGUGGACGUGGCUGAUUCCAUCUGGACUUCCAGGGUACUCCUCCCCUGCCUUGCUGCUAUACGUGGAGAAGUCAGCUCUCCGGCACUAGUACCCGAGGAAUUCAUAGAACCAGUGUCAUUGCCGGCUGAUGUGUCACCUGUAACCCCGCCCCCGUAUAUCUGUGCUGCCUACCAACUGUCUCGGUGCAUGACAGGAUUUUCCGACUUUGUUUUGCAAGGUUUGACUGCGUUCCGUGCCCAACUCCCUGCACCUCACAUUACAGGCGUAGUUCAAGCUGUCAGUUCAACGUUUACGGAUUUGAAACAAUAUUUCGGGCUAAAAUUUUUCCGCAUUGUCAGCGAUGUUCCCUCCCACAACCUAAGUGGCUUGACCAGAAAUGACCUGCGUCUACUCAGGACGGUGCCUCGUGAUAUGAUCCGUUUGGUCCCCCUUCUUGUCGCUGUAGCGCUACCCGGGACAAUAGCUCUUCUCCCUUUCUUUUUCGCCUUUCCUCAUGUGCUACUCACCAGAGCCUUUUGGAACGAGAGACAGAGGCAGGUCUUCGAUGAGGCGGAUCUUCGGAGGCGCUUGAUAGGACCCAAUGCGGGCUUGACAAAUCGACUCUCUGAGAUUUCUGAUCAGAAGCCAUUACAGCGACAAAUUAGCGGUGAUCAUUCUGAUGUAGAAAGUGCAUUCUAUGAUAGAAAGCUGCUAAAAUCUACCCUCAAUACGCUAUCUAAGAACGAGACACCCUCGCCAGAAGCGGUCGUGCAGUUAAUCAGGCUUUUUGAUGGCCCGCUCAACCUUAACGCAUUGGAUCAUCGCCAUAUUACUUUAUUAUGCGGCCUGCAUGGGAUAGUGUCAUACAGGAAACCGCUGCGGACAGCUCUUGGUUAUCGACGUCCUUUUGGGGACUUUCUCUUCUCCCCCAUCAACCUUAGCUCACGACUGACGAGGCUCGAAAGAAGGGCGCAGCUCAUAUACGCAGAAGAUCAGGAUAUUUCCCUUGAUCUUAAAAAGGGGAAAAGCAUCCCUCAUCAGGAAGUAAUGGAGGUUCGUUUCGGUGUUUUAUUCUCCUAA